GUUCCAUGCCGCAGUAUAUAUAUUUUGAUAUGGUAGCCUCAUUAAAAACCAAAUGAGGUUUGAAAAAAAAAAAUUAUGAUGCCUGAUGAUGAUGAUCAUCACGAAACUAAACAAACAAACUUCAACACAUAACCAAUAGUUAUAUAAACAUGUCCAGUGAGUUCAUAUUGGGAGAGGAAGCAUUUAAGAAUGGGAGUAAAUCAUUGAAAUCAUUAAUCAACCAAACUGCAAAAACUUCCACCACACCACAAGCCAUCUAUGUACUGAUAAAUAUCAAAAUCAAAUUAACUUCCAAGAAUGAUUAUAUACCAAGGAUAAUACCCCUUAAAUAUAAACUUGAUAAAGUGGAGAAUAAAUCAAUAUUAUUAAUCACGAAGGAUCCAUCCACCCCAUAUCGUCAUGCCUUGACAGAAAAGGAUUCACCUACUGAAGAUGUCUUCAAUCAGAUCUUCACUUUAACGAAAUUGAAAAGUUUAUGUAAGAAUAAGAAAGAUUUAACUUUAUUCAAAGAAUAUGAUUUGAUAGUGGCUGAUCAUAGAGUUCAUAAAUUCUUACCUCAAAUCUUAAAUGAGAAAUUUUAUAUUAAGAAUAAGAAAUUACCUUAUAUGAUUCAAAUGGCAAAACCAACCCCAAAAAGUCAAUCCACGUUAACUGCCUCCAAGAAGAACUCCACCAAAUUGAAAGACGAUAGAUGUGAACCUAAAUAUGUGUAUCAUCAAAUGAAGUCCAUCGUGGGGAAUACCAGUUAUGUCCCUAAACUGAAUGGGAAUUGUUUAUUUAUAAAAGUAGGCUAUACCGAUUGGAACACGACACAAUUAUUAUCGAAUGUGAAUGAUGUUAUAUCGUAUUUGACUGAUUUAAAACAUGCUCCAGUAGGAGGUGUAUUGAAAAGUGUUGAUAAUUUAGGUAAUAUCCAUGUUAAAACUAGUGAAAGUAUAAGUUUACCAGUUUAUAUCAUUGCUAAUGUCGAUGAUAAGAAUGAUGAUGAUGAUGGUGAUAAUAGUGAUUAUGACUUUUAAACUGUACAUUAGAAUUUGUCUAUAAAUAAUUAAUAAUCACAUAUGCAUAAUUGUAGAAUAUAGAGAAAUAUAGAAUAAUUAUCGUACAAUAUCCAAAACUUCAAAUAAUUGGGCAGUAACCCACUUUCAAAAUAUUGCAAAAUAUGUAACUAAAAAUAAAAAGGUACGCGAACGAUCAAAUAGAUAAAAUAAAAUAAAUAAUUGCGAAGAAUAAAAAGAAAAAAUUGAUUCCACAAACUGAUCAUUUUGAAUUACUGUUUUGCUCAAUCAUAUCAUCAACUAAUUUGAACCCCAUAAGAUAAGAUCU